AUGGAUAUUCCACAAGUGAUCCACGAUGUUCUCAUCAUAGGCGGCGGCCCAGCAGGCCUGGCCGUCGCCGCUCGUCUGCGCGAAUCCACUCCUUCAGCUGUGUUCUCGGAUGCAGAGCAUUCGCGAUACCAAUGGAUCAAGAAACAUGCAGAGCGAACAAACAUACAUCGUCCGAAAGCACACCAUGCCAAAGGGGCCAAGCAUACAUCGACGUCUCAUUUCGGCUCUGCCAGUAACAAGUCUACAAGCUCCAAAGAUAAAGCCCUCGACAUCAAAGUCCUCGACGCAAGCGGGCCCAAUUGGAUGCACACUUGGAAACACAACUUUUCGGCCCUACGCAUCUCGCACCUCCGAAGCCCCAUGUUCUUCCAUCCUUGUCCUCGAGACCGCGAUGGGCUGCUCGCGUUCGCACACGAGACUGGUCGUUCCGAUACUUGUCUUGAAAUUGGAGGCUGUGUGGGUAAGUCGAUGAGCAAACAUCGGCGAAAGAAGAAAAUUGCAAGGGGAUGCGGUGUGGGAAAGGAAUCAGCGAAAGCGCCACUGGAGAUCGAUGAGAGGGAUCGAAAGGAUUAUUUCAACCCGACUACAGAUUUGUUUCAUGCUUAUUGUGAUAGUAUCGUAGGGAGGUAUGGGCUGGGGAAGUUGAUUGAGAAUAAGAAAGUCAUGUCUAUUGAAUUUGACUGUCUCAACCCGUCCAAUCUCGAUCAUGAAAGGAGAACUCAGGAGUCCCCCCCAAUCUUCAAGGUCGUGACCGCAUGUGGAGCAGUCAUGUUCUCAAAAAUGGUCGUGCUCGCUAUCGGUUCCGGAGGCAGCCCAAUCAUGCCACGACCACUUUCUACAGCAGAGCAUGAAGGUGCUUGUCAUAGCACGCAAAUCCGAAAAGGACAAUUUCUGCCCAGCAAUGUGAUGCGGAAACUCCAAGCACGAAGGCCAACCGCGGUCGUAGUUGUUGGAGGUGGUCUGACAGCAGCCCAAAUUGCCAUUAACUGCCUAGAGUCUGGAGUGUCCCGAGUUUUCAUGGUCAUGAGGAGUGCACUGAAGGUGAAACCAUUCAAUAUCGAUCUGGCGUGGGUAGCCAAGUACCGCAACGGCGAAAAAGCAGCGUUCUGGUCCGCCGACAGUGAUGAAGAACGGUACGAAAUGAUCCAAAAGGCCCGCGAUGGCGGCUCCAUGACCGCCCGCUUCUACCGCAAACUUGAACCCUUCAUCUCAAAGAAAACCCUCUCCAUCCACCCACACACCACUAUAUCCACCCAAUCCUUCUCCCCCACCUCCCACACCUGGACCCUAACCACCUCCCCACCUACCCCCGCCCUCUCCCCUCCCACCCAAAUCGACUACAUAUAUUACGCCACCGGCCUCUCCACCAACAUCUCCACCCUCCCCUUCCUAUCCGCCAUCCGCGAAACCUACCCCAUAGAGAUCAAAUGCGGCUUGCCGUGUCUAACGAACGAGUUGGCGUGGAGGGAGGACGUGCCGCUGUUCUUGAUCGGUCGGCUGGCGGCUCUGAGGGUCGGGCCCGAUUGUGAGACCCUGGAGGGAGCGAGGCUGGGUGCUGAGAGGGUGAGUUGGGCUGUGCAGGAGAGGAUGGAACGGGAGGGUGAUGCUGGGGAUGGGGGUGGGGGUGGGGAUGAGCAAGGGAAGUAUUGUGAGAUGUGUGAGAGGAUUGGGGCGGGGAAUAUGUAUGAGUGCUUAGAUGGGGAUGGGGGUGAGGAGGACUAG